GCUGUGUUUUCCGUGUUGUUAACAAGUUUAGCCACUUCACCGCUAAAUACAUCCAUGAUACAAGGCCCAGCUGAGACAGACGGAGCUUUAAACACCAUAAACAUCCAAAGGACUGUUUUUAUGCUAUAGCCUGAAGUCUUUUUCAUCUACUGGUCAGAUUUUGAGAUCACACACAGGUCAGUCUGGAUGGACCUGCUGCUCACAGUCUGGCCCAGUUCUUAACAUCCUUGUGGGCCUGUACUUGUAACAUCAGUCAGAGAUGGCUAGUCACUUUCGUAGCUACAUCUGGGACCCGGUCCUCAUCGUGUGUCAGAUUGUGUUGAUGCAGUGCAUCUACUACAGCUUCUUGGGCCUGUGGCUGGCCGGAGUGGACAGCCUCGUGCAAAGUGGUCGUUCACUGGACCAGAUCUUCAGCUAUGAACUCCUUGGUUUUGCAACCAUGCAAGGCAGACUCUCGAUGAUAGCAUUCAUCUUGAACUCUCUUACAUGUGCUCUUGGUCUGUGGUUCUUCAUCCGCCGGGGGAAGCAGUGCCUGGACUUUACCGUCACUGUGCACUUUUUCCAUAUGAUCGGCUGCUGGAUCUAUAACGCUCAUCUUCCAGCCGCCCUGUCCUGGUGGCUCGUCAAUGUAGCCUGCAUGGCGCUGAUGGCUGUGAUUGGCGAGUACUUGUGCAUGCGGACUGAGCUCAGGGCGAUUCCAGUCAAUACUGGACCCAAAUCUAACCUGUGAAUUUUCUUUGACACCACGCUGAAAGUUUGUGGAAGGUCAGCCCUUUGUGGAACUUUCUGAGGAGGCUUUUCCACAGGAACAACAAAGGAACAUUACCUUUUGUCAACAUACAUGUUGGACUGUCAUGCAUCUCCUGUCAAGUGAUUCACCAGAUGAACUCUAUUUAUUCAUAGCUGCCCACUAAAUGUUGGACAGUAUUAACUCUGUAGCAUAUUAAGAUACUUGUUUUAACGUGUUUGAAAGCAAAUGUCAGUGUACAGUCUUCUCUAAACCUAAUGACUAUGGAUGUGAUACUUGUCUUACUAAUUAAAUUUUUAUGUUUAAUUUCAGUACAUUCACGUGAGCAUCACAUUCCCUUGAUUUAAGGUAUUUUUAAAGCAUUUUUCCUCUUAUCUUUUCUUUGCAUCGCUGUGCCGGCAAACAAACACUUGAACAUAUAACACUGCAGUCUGUGGACAAAGUUACAUUUCACAGCUUUGGUCCUUUGCUUUUGCUCCUUACACUGAAUAUUCGGGUAAAAAGUCAAUAGUUUUCUGCUUCGCAACACAUUGUUGAAGUAAAAUUUGUACUUUUGGUCUGGUUACAUGCCUUUGUUGUCAAGCUUGUACAGCAUAUUGCACAGCUAGCGUUGUUUGGCUCUGUCUCUUUUUGUCCUGAUGUAUUGUGCAGUUUGGCCACUUAGGGGACAGUCUGUCAGCCUCCAGCUGUGUUCUGACAGCAGACUGUGUCUUCUUCUGAAAAUUGCUGUUUGAAAUGAUGCGACGUGAAAAGUCCUGAGAUGUGAAGCACUGAAGGUUUCUGGAACACUGUCAGCUUCCUCAGUUAGUGAUGGAUUUUAAAUCUCUUGUGUAAAUAAACCGCUUUUUUAUCUUUAAAUUGUUAGAGAUCCUGUAAGGCGCAUCCUUGUAUUGUGCAUGGAAGAUGAAAACCUCUGCAGCUUUGAUGGUGUGGAAUAUGCAGUGUUCUGUUUUAAAUGGGGUUUGUCUGUGGUGCACGUGCAUAAUUAUGGGAUGAUAUUUGUAGGAAUAGAUGAACGUUUAGGGAGACGCCUUUAGUCACACCCUCUCUUGGUUAUAAUUGGAUAAGAAGAUCAUCUCUGAUUUGUCGCAUUUAAACACAGGAUCCAAGAAGGCAUUGGAACAAUUUAUUUGUUUCAGGUAAUAUUUGUGGCUGGAAGGAUGAAUAGAUGGUAAAUGAAUGUUUUUUUUUCCUGUGCACAUGGAGGUGACAAAUACACAAAGAGUUAACACAGUUACAGAUCUAGUCUAAAUGCCAGAACUGACAGUCGUUGAACCGUCCUGGCAUUUCAAUUUUAUUAAUCCAAAACAACCAUGAGACAAAAGAAUCACUGGUGAGAUGUGAAUUCAGUUGAACAACAGAAGUAGGUUCAAUAGUCUGUUGUUGUUGUUUUUUUAACUCACAAAGAGUUUGAAGGAAAGGGGCUUUAUAGGUUAAAAGAAGUGGAGUUUUAUAACCUCCUGGGUGUGUCCUUUGACAGCUGUAAUACAGAGUUAGGAGUGGUGAGUUCAGGUGAGGAGAGAUUCUCCAACUUGUGAUUUUAACAAGACUGUCAUCAGUCCAUUGAUCUAUUCUCAGAAAAUCAAAGACAGAUUUUCCCCAAAUUCAUAUGUUUAAGCUGACAGCUGCUCUUUCUAAGCCAUGGUCAUUAUUUAUGCUGAUGGCUGCUCUGACAGAUUUCACAUGCGAUGCCACCUUUCUGUUCUGUAACAAAAUGUUUAUUAUGUAUUUAAAUACAAAGAAGUGGAGAGAUGGACCUAUUAUUCUCAUUAAAUUCUCUGAUUUGUUUCUGGUGCAGAAACGCCACCAACAAA